AUGCUUCAUGUUCAUUACUGGAUAGUUUUCUGUUGCAUUUUAAAUGGACAACAUGAUAUCUCAGCAUCUGACCGUCACAGAGACCCACUCAGGCAGUUCCAGGCUGCUGGUGAUUACAUACUUGGAGGGCUCUUCCCCCUUUAUUCCACUGGUGUGCAUUGGAUGACUGAAACAAAGUCAGAGCUUGGAAAAUGUGAAAGUUUCCAGCUAAAUGGUUUCUACUGGCUUCAGGCGAUGAAGUUUGCCAUUGAGGAGAUCAAUAACUCAAGCACUCUCCUACCAGGUGUGACCCUGGGAUAUGACAUCCAGGACACCUGCCUCAAGUCCUCGAUCGUGAUACAGUCAGCUAUUUCUUUCUUGACGGCCAAGGAUGGAAACAGAUUUGAACUGAAGUGUGAUUACACGGACUAUAGUACACGAGUACUAGCUGCUCUUGGCCCCUCUAACUCUGAGCUCUCCAAGGUGAUCGCUCGGCUCUUCAGCUUUCUCCUCAUUCCACAGAUUAGUUAUGCUGCUUCAAGCAAUUUAUUCAAUGACAGGACAGAUUUUCCAUCAUUUUACCGAACAGUUCCCACAGAUGAGGUCCAGGCAGCAGCGAUGGUCUCAAUGGUGAAGACAUUUCAAUGGAACUGGGUGGCAGUGAUUGGGACAGAUGACAUGUAUGGCCGAAGGGGAAUAGAACACUUUACCAAACUUGCGUCCAGAACUGGGAUUUGCAUUGCAUAUGAAGAACUGAUUCCCUUGAACUUACCUGGCUCCAAAUUUCAGAGAAAAAUGGUGUCAGUCAUCAAGAACAUUAUUUACUCACGAGUUAACAUCACGGCUGUGUUCGCUGAUGAACAAUACGUCCAGAUACUGAUGAUGAUAAUCCAUGAGCAGAAUGUGACAGGUAAAGUAUGGAUGGCCAGUGAGGCCUGGGUCACCUCUGAAGUGGUUGCUAGCACCCCAAACAUCUCAAGUAUAGGCACAAUUCUGGGUGUGGCCAUUAAAAGUGGCCAUAUGCCUGGCUUUGAAUGCUACAAAUCUGCAGCACUGGCACUCAGGGACCUGCCCAGUGUGAAAUUUCAAAGAUGUGGAAGUGGAGGGAGACUUCUGGAAGAAGAGUGUAAUGAAUGUCGAACACAAUCUGUUGAAGAAGACGCUGACAGUGAUGGUAAAGACCUCGAGCGCAUUUCAUUUAAUGUCUAUGCUGCAGUCUACACUGUGGCCCAUGCACUCCAUCGCCUGCUCCGCUGUGACUUAGGAAACUGCAGUAAGAGCACCAUUUACCCAUGGCAGCUUCUCAAAGAAAUUCCACAAAUUAACUUCACUCUGCAUGGCAGAGCGAUUUUCUUUGACAAAUAUGGAAACCCACCCACAGGAUAUGAUAUAAUUAAUUGGCAAUGGAGAAGUGGGAAUCAAAUUCCUGAGUUCAAAAUGAUUGGAGAAUACAGAGCACAGCACAAGGAGCUUCGAAUUAAUACAUCCCUGAUCCAAUGGAACACACCACAGAAUAAGGUUCCUGGUUCCAAUUGCUCAACUUCCUGUGAAUCUGGACAAAUAAAGAUGGUGAAAGGAUUCCAUUCCUGCUGCUAUGAAUGUGCAGAUUGUCCAGCGGGAACUUUUCAAAGUGAUGACAACCAGUGCACUCCAUGCCUGAAGAAUGAAUGGUCAUUGCUGAAGAGUACUGAAUGUCAGAACAAAACAAUUGAGUUCCUACGGUGGACAGACACACUAGCUAUCCUGUUGGUCUCACUGACUACUGCAGGUCUUCUAAUUAUAGCAGCAAUAAUAGGCAUUUUCAUCAACAAUCUGAACACUCCCAUGGUCCAGCUAGCCGGGGGUAAAACCUGUCUGGUGAUGCUGGUGUCUAUGGCCAUCUCAUGCUGUAGCCUUUACUGCUUCAUGGAGAAGCCAAAUUGGUUGCUCUGUACUAUCAGGCAGCCCAUUUUCUCAUUUGGUCUGACAGGCUGUCUAUCAGCCAUGCUAGUGAAAUCCUUCCACAUAAGUGGCCUGUUCAGAGAGAUCGGCUUUCGGGCACAAUGGUGGCCCAGGGUUCUGAGGUAUCUUGGGGUCUGUUCACUCGUCUUCAUUCAGAUCAUUCUUUGUUCAGUUUGGCAGACCACAUCCCCUCCCUCUGUCUUUGCAAACUACAACAUCUCGGUCAAAGUAAUAGUCAUGGAGUGUGAUGAAGGCUUUAUGACUGGCUUUGGGCUACUACUGGGCUACAAUGGUUUGCUUGCUGUUGCGUCCUUCCUAUGCACAUUCAUGGUUCAAAGCUCAGCUAAAACCUACAACCUGGCCCGACACAUCACCUUCGCUAUGCUCAUCUACCUCAUGGCCUGGGUUUUCUUCAUCCCAGCCUACGCCACAGCUAAAGGCAAGUUUGUCUCCUCUAUACAGUUGUUUGCAGGUCUCGUGAGCAUAUAUGGAAUCAUCACUGCCUACUUCCUGCCCAAAUGCUACAUAAUCCUCCUUAAACCUGAGUUCAACAACCAAGCCUACUGUCAAAGCCCUAAAGACAAUCCUACACCCACCAGUGAAUCCCAGUGA